UGGAGUUCCAUGGAGUGAUGAGAUUUUAUUUUCAAGAUAAAGCUGCUGGUAACUUUGCAACAAAAUGUAUUCGGGUCUCUAGUACUGCCACCACUCAAGAUGUGAUUGAAACUCUUGCAGAGAAAUUCCGACCUGAUAUGCGAAUGCUGUCCUCUCCCAAGUAUUCACUCUAUGAAGUGCAUGUCAGUGGAGAAGAAAGAAGAUUGGAUAUAGAUGAGAAACCUCUAGUUGUGCAGUUGAAUUGGAACAAAGAUGAUCGGGAGGGCAGAUUUGUUCUUAAGAACGAGAAUGACAUCAUUCCUCCUAAGAAGACUCAGAGUAACGGACCUGAAAAGCAGGAAAAAGAAGGUGUUAUUCAGAACUUCAAGAGAACUCUGUCAAAGAAAGAAAAGAAGGAAAAAAAAAAGAGAGAAAAAGAGGCAUUGAGGCAGGCAUCUGAUAAAGAUGAUAGACCUUUCCAAGGGGAUGACAUUGAGAAUUCUCGACUGGCUGCUGAGGUUUACAAAGACAUGCCUGAAACCAGCUUUACUCGCACAAUUUCUAAUCCCGAGGUGGUUAUGAAACGACGGAGGCAACAAAAACUGGAAAAGAGAAUGCAGGAGUUUCGGAGCUCCGAUGGGCGGCCUGAUUCAGGUGGAACGUUGAGAAUUUAUGCAGAUAGUUUAAAACCAAACAUUCCCUACAAGACAAUCCUGCUGUCUACUACAGAUCCUGCAGACUUUGCUGUGGCUGAAGCUUUAGAGAAGUAUGGUCUGGAAAAAGAAAAUCCUAAGGAUUACUGCAUUGCCCGGGUUAUGCUUCCUCCUGGAGCCCAGCACUGUGAUGAGAAAGGUGCUAAAGAAAUUAUUCUUGAUGAUGAUGAGUGUCCUUUACAAAUCUUCAGAGAAUGGCCAAGUGACAAAGGCCUUUUAGUCUUCCAGCUGAAGAGGAGACCACCAGACUACCUCCCAAAGAGAAUGAAGAAGCACGUCGAAGGGAAGCCACUGAAGGGAAAGGAGAGAGCUGACGGGGCGGGCAGUGGCUCUGCCCUUCCCCCUGAGAAGCUGCCUUAUUUAGUAGAGUUAAGCCCAGGGAGAAGGAAUCACUUUGCCUACUACAACUAUCACACUUACGAAGAUGGUUCUGAUUCCAGAGAUAAGCCAAAGCUUUACCGUCUUCAAUUAAGUGUUACUGAAGUUGGGACAGAAAAGUUCGAUGACAGCUCUAUCCAGUUGUUUGGCCCAGGAAUUCAGCCCCACCACUGUGACCUCACCAACAUGGAUGGAGUGGUCACUGUGACUCCCAGAAGUAUAGAUGCAGAGACCUACGUAGAAGGCCAGCGCAUCUCAGAGACCACCAUGCUGCAGAGUGGCAUGAAAGUGCAGUUUGGAGCAUCACAUGUAUUCAAGUUUGUAGACCCCAGCCAAGAUCAUGCUCUUGCAAAAAGAUCUGUGGAUGGAGGCCUGAUGGUUAAGGGCCCAAGACAUAAACCUGGAAUCGUUCAGGAGACAACUUUUGAUUUAGGAGGAGAUAUUCAUAGUGGGACAGCAUUACCAACAAGCAAGAGCACCACUAGACUGGACAGCGAAAGGGUACCUUCUGCCUCUAGCACGGCUGAGCGAGGGAUGGUGAAGCCGAUGGUCAGAGUGGAGCAGCAGCAAGAUUAUCGCAGGCAAGAAAGCAGGACUCAGGAUGUUCCUGGGCCUGAACUGAUACUGCCUGCAAGCAUUGAAUUCAGGGAAAGUUCUGAAGAUUCAUUUUUAUCUGCCAUUAUAAAUUAUACUAAUAGCUCUACGGUGCAUUUUAAGUUGUCCCCUACAUAUGUGUUAUAUAUGGCAUGUCGGUAUGUAUUGUCCAACCAGUACAGACCUGACCUCAGCCCUGCAGAGCGCACUCACAAGGUCAUCGCCAUCGUCAACAAGAUGGUGAGCAUGAUGGAAGGAGUUAUACAGGAAGUAGACCAGGUUGAUCAGAAACAGAAGAACAUUGCAGGAGCACUUGCCUUCUGGAUGGCAAAUGCAUCUGAACUACUCAACUUCAUUAAGCAGGACCGAGACCUCAGUCGAAUCACACUGGAUGCCCAAGAUGUUUUAGCACACUUGGUUCAAAUGGCGUUUAAGUACUUGGUUCACUGUCUUCAAUCAGAACUUAAUAAUUACAUGCCAGCCUUUCUGGAUGACCCCGAAGAGAACAGUCUGCAAAGACCAAAAAUAGAUGAUGUGCUGCAUACACUCACGGGAGCCAUGUCUUUGCUGCGACGCUGCAGGGUCAACGCAGCCCUGACCAUCCAGCUCUUCUCUCAGCUGUUCCACUUUAUCAAUAUGUGGCUGUUCAACAGAUUAGUGACCGACCCGGAUUCAGGGUUGUGCUCCCAUUAUUGGGGAGCGAUCAUCCGUCAGCAGUUGGGGCAUAUUGAAGCGUGGGCAGAGAAGCAGGGGCUAGAGCUGGCGGCUGACUGUCACCUGAGCAGGAUUGUGCAGGCAACCACUUUGCUUACCAUGGAUAAGUAUGCACCUGAUGACAUACCAAAUAUAAAUAGCACCUGCUUUAAGUUAAAUUCACUACAACUUCAAGCCUUAUUACAGAAUUAUCACUGUGCACCUGAUGAGCCUUUUAUCCCAGCG